UCGAACAAGGUCUUGUUAUGGAAUGAUUAUGAUUCAUAAUCAUAAAUACUUCGAAUUCGCGAGAAAGCAAAAGCAUUGAAAUUAUUCCGAUUAUUUUGCGAUUAUUUGAUUUGCGUACUGUCAUUUGUAAUUCGUGUACAGUUGGUGUGAGAUAUGAUUUGUUAAUCAUGUGCUACUUCGGUCAAACACAAUACGAACUCUCAAAACGUUUGCUUACAUGACACGAAAUUAUUAUCAGUAAAUUACUUGUAGUGCUCUAUUCUUCGUCGUGCCAGUAGAUUAAUUAAGCUGUUAAAUUACGUAGUCUGCGGUCGUUUUGUUUUUGUCCGGGCCCCAGACCCUGAUAAACGAAUGAAAUUAUCUCACCGAAGGUUAUUACCUCAGUAAUAAUGUUAUUAGUACUAUCGUGGGAUUUUAUUUGAGUGCGCGGAUACAUAUUGCUGAUAAUAAAGUGAUAUGUUGGACAGUUGGACGAUGUUCACUUUAAUUUGGAGUUAAUUUUUAUCGGAAUCGUCGUGAUUUUAUUCCAUCUAUUGGUCCUUGGUUUCGAACUAGUUCAGUUACCAAUAUUAUGCCAGACUCGGCCGGACCUUCUGGUAAUUUCCUUCAUAAACCAGUUCGAGGAUGGCUACAUCCCGAUCAAACAAUUAUGAAGAAGGGCGUCACUUAUGCUGUCCGAUAUAUCGGAUGUUUGGAUGUAAACACGUCAAUGAAAAGUUUAGAUUUCGAUUCUAGAUUUCAAAUAGCCAAGGAAUGUAUUAAUCGAGUCUGCGAAGCAGCCUGUUUGAAAACCGUCGACCGCAAACGAAAGAUCGAUAAACGAGUAUCUAAAGCCAUAGGCGAUCGUCCAAAUAUGCUGCAUGCCGGAUCAAAUGUAAAAUUAUCAAUUUCCAGCUCCUGUCUGGCAUUGAAAUUACUCGAUAACGAUACUAGUAUCGCGAUGCACGAUAUGCCUCGUAUCUCGUUUGCUUCAGGAGGAGAUGCUGAUACGUUAGAUUUCGUCGCAUAUGUGGCCAAAGAUGCGAACAAUUGGAGAGCUUGUUUUGUGCUAGAAUGUGGCGGUGGAUUAGCCCAAGAUGUUAUUACAACGAUAGGUCAAGCUUUCGAUUUACGGUUCAAGCAGUUCUUGAAUAGACCUAUGAUUGAACCGAUGACCAGAGAUGAACGAGAUCGAGAAUAUUAUAAUGAUAUGCCGGGUAAAGUACCGCCGGAUGUUGGUCCACCCCCGGUACCUCCUUUACCGAACAUAAAUCGUAAUAAUAUUUCACCGGAACCACGAGAACGAUUACCAUCGACGAAUUUAAUAGAUCUUAAUUGUGAAGUAGUCGCGCCUCCUCCGUCUCAGUCACGGAUCCAUGAGUAUAUAAACGAUAUCGUUCUAAACGAUCCUAAAACCAGCCAGCCGAGAGAUGUUUUUGAUAUGCAACCAUUCAUCAGUAACGAUAUGACCAAUAGUAAUUCGAGACUGCAUGAAGAAAAUUGGUUUCAUGGAAGCAUCGGAAGGCAGCAGGCCGAAGCUUUGUUGAAACAAGAUGGUGAUUUCUUAGUACGAGAAUCUCAAGGAUCUCCUGGCCAAUACGUUUUAACCGGUAUCCAAGGCGGUAUCAAAAAGCAUCUUCUAUUAAUCGAUCCGGAAGGAGUGGUGCGUACGAAAGAUCGUAUGUUUGAAAGCGUCAGUCAUCUUAUUAAUUAUCAUUGUCAGAAUAAACUACCAAUUAUAUCAGCCGAAAGCGCACUCAUAUUACGUAAUCCGAUUCACCGGAAAUGAUAAUGCAGUUGGCCAUAGUACGAUAAACUGAGCAGAGCAAUUGAAUAAUUGCAAAUUAAUCAGGUUCAUCGGUGAUAUUGGCAUAUUUUUUUUCGGUUCUGUUUACAGAACAGCCAUUAUUUUCGUUACUUUGAACUGAUUUUUUUUGUGUAGUUGUUAGGUUUUUUUUUAUUAUUUGUUGAGAAUGGUUUUUUACAUUUUUUAAAAAUGUUCAGCGUUGAAGUUGAAGCCAAUUUGUUGAAUUUUCAUUUUUUGAUCAAAGGUUAUAUUUUGGUAGUUGUAUUUUUAUAAGUUUAACAUUGCGGCUGGUCCGCUGCUGCGAUACACAUUCCUAGAAAAAUCUCUUCCCUUGUCUGUUCAGCUAGUUAUUCCACUAUUUGAAGCUCUGUGUUGAUUUUCGUUUUUUUUUCAUCGAAAGAGCAUUUUUGUGAGAGCUUUUCUUUUUAAAUUAUGUAUAUGGCUGCGUAAUUAAACGCCUCAAUUAAUUUUUAAUUUGCUGCAAUUAUAUCGCGGGUUUGACGUCAUUAAACAUAUCUACGUAUAUGUAAAUUACCGUGAUUUUUUCCUUUUUUCCCAUUUCUUUUAUUGUAUUUUUGUCUUAUUUACAAACACACGUUUCUAGUCAAUAUUUUAACGCUUAAUCGAACAUUCUGUAUGUGUGUACUGUGUAAUUUAUGCGCAAGAUAUAAAAACUUGUAAGCAUGUGAAAGUCAUUAUGUUUAUGAUUGUUGAUGACUUCAUCGAUAUGGCCAUUAGUGCCACCUACGAGUUCGCUUGCUAAGAUAUGGUGCAUUUAUUACCAUACUGCCCGGAUACAUACAUGACUUUUUUUUUAUUUCAUGUUUUUAAAUGUAUACGAUAGUCGAUAGCUUUGCGUUGAUUUAGGUGUUAUUUUAUCUCUCUUGCAUACUCAAUUAUAUAUCGACGAGUCGAAAGUUUAAUUCAGUAGGACUGAUUUACCUUAUUUAUUAUUUUAUUCUUUUUGUCAAACUAUCGAGAGACGAAUACAACAUAUCUACAGCAACGAACACAACGGAAUAACGUAUAUUUGGUCAGGUAUGAUAUGUACAAUGAGUACAAGUACAAAGUGGAAAAUCCCACAAGCUUAUCUCGUACCUAUAGAAUAGCUACGAGUACGUAGACGAUACAAUAACGGAUCACAUCGACUAUCUAACACGCCACCUCGAUGUGACACAAAUUAACAAUUUAAUACAUUAUAAAAUAUCACCAUAAAAUAUUCCAUUAAAACACAAUAAUACGCAAAUUGAAUAAUAUAACAUAACAAAUAAAUAUUUCACAACAUGAUUUAAAACAACGAAGUAUAAAACGAUAAAUAAAGCUCAAUGCAAAUAGGCUAGACACUAGAAGGAACGACCCCCAUUGAACCUCGAAAAUAUUCAAAUUUGGUCCGGUCUAGGGGCUUGGUGAAAAUAUCCGCGAUAUUUUCCUCACUCGCCACCGGAAUUACACAAAUCUCUCCCUUGGAGACUAAAUCAUGAACGAAACGAUAAGCGAUAUCUAUAUGUUUACUUCUGCCAGUGAAAUUACCCCUACAGGCAAGAGAUACAGCACCAGAGUUAUCUUCGUAUAUCUUAACGUUGCAAUCCACUUUACCAAACUCAGACAAUAAUCCCUUGAUCCACAUCACUUCCUGAGUGGCAUCAGCAAGUGCAUAAAAUUCAGCCUGAGUGGAUGCUCUGGUCACUGCUCCCUGUUUGACACUCUUCCAUAACACAGGAUUUCCAUACACACGAAUAACGAAUCCAGAUGUGGACUUUCUAUCAUUCAGAUCUUGAGCAUGAUCCGCAUCAACGUAACAAUCCAACACUGGAUCCGAGGAACCAAUACUAACAUAUUUCAGACAAAGAUCACGAGUACAAUACAAAUAUCUGAGCACUCUCAACGCAUACUCAAAAUACUCCUUACAAUAGCCUGCCUGAAAACGACUCAAAUAACCACUCGAAAAUGAGAUAUCAGGACGAGUUGCUGCGGCAAUAUACAACAAAGCACCUAUUAAACUCCUAUAAGGCAAAUCAUCUCUCACUUCGUCCAUUUUUCUCAACUUGAGACCACUUUCCAUAGGUGUUGUAAAAAUCUGCUCGGAGUCUGCUACACGAUAUUUCACAGCUAAUUCUUCAAUGUAUGCCGAUUGUACCAAUUCCAUAACACCACCAGUUCGAUCAUAACGAAUUUCAACGCCUAAAUAAUUCGACACAGGUCCCAUGACCUUCAUAGAAAAUCUUGAGCACAAUUUCCAAAUCACUGAUUGAAUUUCUCUGAGAUCACCACCGCAAAUCAACAAAUCAUCAACAUAUACCAAUAUGAACACAUUUCCUCUUACGUAAAUACAUCUCUCAGAACCAAAAUUCUUGAAGCCUAAAGACUUGAGAUACCUAUCAAGACAUUCGUACCAACAUCUCGGACUUUCGCGCAAACCGUAUAGUGCCUUUUUCAACUUGAGUACUUUACCAGGUCUGAUAGGAUAUCCUUUCGGAGGACUGACAUAAACUUCCGACUUGACUUCACCAUUUAAGAACGCAGCAUCAACAUCCAACUGCUCAAUAUGCCACUUAUUCUUCACAGCUAACGAAAAAUAGGUCUUUACAGCUGCCAUACUAACAACUGGUGAGUAUAAUUCUUCAAGCUCGUCAUCUUGUUGGUAACCACGAACAACAACUCGAGCUUUCAGCGAACCAUCAGCUUUCUUGGCAUAUACCCACUUCAAAUCUAGAGCUUUAUGACCUUCAGGUAGGUCAGUUUCAAUCCAGGUGGCAUUCUUCUCAAUAUUUCGAAGCUCCUUUUCCAUUGCCUCCUUCCAUUCAUCAGCUCGUUCGUCAGUAGUUGCCUCCUCAUACGUAUCCGGAACACCUACUUGGACAAAAUAGGCAACUGGUGAGCCAUACCUAUCUAUUGGUUUCUUCUCACGUGACGAUCUCCGAGGUAACUCACGCUCACUCGAUUCACUUGACCUCAACUCAUUCGACCUUGACUCAUUCGACCUUGACUCAUCCUCUUCAUCAUCACUAUCUAGGUACAUUAUUCUACUUUUGGUUGGAUCAAUAAACUUCACGUUCCUAGACACAGUUAUUUCUCCAUUACACAAGAUACGAUAACCAGUUUCCUCAAAACCAACGAUUUUCCCAUAGACUCCUUUCUUGGACCAUUUAUCAGGACGCCUUUGGUCAGGUACACGAACGAAAACCUCCGAUCCAUACAAAACAAGAUUCGAAACGUCAGGUUUCUUACCAAAAAGAAGCUCAAAUGGUGUACGAUUUUCCACUGAAUUUGCAAGGACACGAUUGCCAAUGUAAACUGCUGCUUUAACAACCUCUGGCCAAAAUCUCUUAUCAACACCAGACUCAUCAAACAGACAAUUAGCACGAUUAACGAUCACCUGAUUGAGACGUUCAGCACAUCCGUUCAACUGCUGUGUAUAUGGUGGAACCUUCUGAAUAAAGAACCCUUUCUCUCUCGAAAAAUCAUAAAAACGCCUAUUGAUAUAUUCGCGACCAUUAUCACAUCUCAAAUUCAGAAUUUUCUUACCAGUUAAAUUCGUUACCUUGUUAUAAUAAUCCACAAAACAAUCGAAUACCUCGGACUUCGCAUUGAUACAAUAUACCUUCACAUACUUGCUAUAAUCGUCUGUAAAGGUGACAAAAUAUUGCUCACCUCUAUUGCCCUUUGUCAUAUGAGGUCCAUUCACGUCUGUGUGAACAAUUUCAAGCAAAUCAUUAGCCCUACUUCGACCUCCGCCAAACGAUAAAUUUCUCAUCUUAUUCCGGUUACACAGAUCACAUUCAACAUACUCAUCAGAAACAUUACUAGGAAAACCAUCCAACAUAUUACCUUUAGCCAACUCCUUGAUAGUAUAAAAAUUCACAUGACCCAACACUCGAUGCCAAUACUUUUUAUCUGUCUCAACCUUACGUGAAGCAUAGAUACACUUAUCACCGUUAUCAAAAUUACCAUUUUUGCCCUCAUAUUUGCACGUUAUCUCGUACAGUUUACCCUUUUUGGUUCCAAUACCUAUCAACUGUCUAGACCUAUUAUACACUUCUGCUUUACCAUCACCUAAAACAAUAGUAUACCCAGCCUGAUCAAUAGUACUCAGAGAUAACAGAUUAUUCCUAAUUUCUUCUACCAAAUAUACAUUUUUAAUUUUACAACUAGUUAAUUUUCUAUCAACUUUAAAUACAACAUUAACAUUACCAAUAUAUUCCGAUUUGCAUGGAUAACCAUCACCAACCUUAACAUCAACAGGUUGUUUCAAACGAAUACACUCAGAAAAAUAUUCCUUUUUACAAACUAGGUGGUCAGUGGCACCACUAUCUAACAACCAAGACAUCAAACUAUUGUUACCUUCGAUUUCGGAAUUAUUAAUUGACAACUGAUGAUUAUCUACUUCAAUUAGAAACGAUUCUGGCGGAUUUCGAUUUUGAUUAUUGUUGCUAUUACCACGACCCCGAUAGCCUCUUCUCCCUCGACGAUUGGACCAAUUACCGCGAAAAUUACCUCGUCCAUUAUGACGUCUGCCUUGAUUAGUCCAUUUAUUACGACACUGUUUCUUCAUAUGCCCUUUUUCACCGCACCCGAAACACUGAAUGUCCCUUUUGGCAUAAAAUAAUGAACUCGAAUUAACACCAUCUGCAGGCUCGUCACUUUUAUUCUCGGAACUGGAGCUAGUUUUUAUCUCAGAACUGGAACUUUUAUCUUCGGAAGGUGUACUUUGGACUUCAGUGGGUGACUUUUUACUUGAUAGGAACUUUGAUUUUACAUAUUGCAGCUUAGACUCGUCGGCAGGUAAAACAUCAACGAUAUCAUUCAAAUGUUCAAGCUCCUUUGGCAUUUUUAACAAUAAAUGAGCUAAUUCACCAUCUUCGUCGACUGCUUUACCGGAGGCUCGGACUUUAUGAACUCGUUUUCCAAAUUCGGCAAUAAAUUCGGUUCUUGUUUGCUUGCUGGGUUCAUAUUGUAAAGCACUGAGCUCAUUUUCCGCCAGUACUUGCUCAGCUCGGCCAACACGAUUAUACAGCUUCUCUAAAACAUCCCACAUACCUUUCGCCGAUGUCUGAUUCAAAACUAGACAUAACAUUUCAUGAGACAACGAAUUCGCAAUAAUACUCUUGGCUUUAGAGUCUUUGGAUUUGGUCUGAUCCGUCGGUUCAACUGAGAUACAGGUCAAAACUUCCUUUGCCUCUAGAUACAGCUUCAUUCGAAAGCUCCACGUAUGAUAAUUAGUUCCAUCGAACUCCGGAACACCGCAAAAUUGAUCUCUAGCCAACAUAUUCACUUUAAAAAACUUACGUAACGAUAAAAAACGGCAAACAAGUUCAAAAAAAAUUCAAAAAAAAUUCAGGCCACAACCACACAUUAAUUUUUCAAUCUACAACUUGAAAACCACGCCUGAUACCAUGUCAAACUAUCGAGAGACGAAUACAACAUAUCUACAGCAACGAACACAACGGAAUAACGUAUAUUUGGUCAGGUAUGAUAUGUACAAUGAGUACAAGUACAAAGUGGAAAAUCCCACAAGCUUAUCUCGUACCUAUAGAAUAGCUACGAGUACGUAGACGAUACAAUAACGGAUCACAUCGACUAUCUAACACUUUUCAAUAUGAUGGUGUCUAUUUAUGUUAUUAUUUUUUGUUCUAUUUUACAAAUUUUUAUUUCAUGUUGAGAGAUAUCUACUUAAUGUUUACAAAUGAUAUUGGAUUGUCGCUGACCGAAAACUUGGAUAUCUUUAUUAUCCCAUAUUUUAUGUAGGAACCCAUUAUUUAGAUUUUAAAAAGAAAAUAUGUAUGAGUAUGCGCAGUGGUGUAGCCAGGAUUUUUUCAAAGAGGGGCAAAAUCAGAUUUUUAAACAUGAAAAAAUCUAAAUUAAAAAUGAAUUUUUUUUGAAAAAAUUGGUCUAAAAUUUAAAAACAAAAAAAGUAUGUAGGUUUGGUUCUAUUUUAUAUUUUUAUCGUCAUAGGAGAGCAGCGAUGGCCCCUUAAUUCGUAUCUGCUAUGCCACUGCAUGUGUGAUUCGUUGCAUAAUUAUAUGCGGUCUGGUAUGUGGGUUUCUCUAGGUUUUAUGCUACGCUUUGAAAAUCAUGUUUAUUGUUUCCAAUGUUACUUAAUAUUAUUUGUAGUAGUGUAAUUAAUACCCCGGAUACCCAGUUACGAGCGCAUAUAAAUGUAAUCAAUUUUAUCUGUAAUUUGUGUCCUGUAUUGAUGUGAGGAAAUAAAUUUUAUAUUUGUC